CCUCCCCAGCACUGCCAGUAUCAUUGCCAGAGCACUCAAUCAUGACCCAUACAUAGUAACUCCCCGUCGCUCCCUCAACUGGCUCUCCAACAUGUCUUCGAACGUUGGCCUCUCCACUCCGCGAGGCAGCGGGACCUCUGGCUAUGUCCAGCGUAAUAUGUCUCUGCUCAAACCUCGCGACAACGCCGCGCCAUAUCCCAAGGACUGGGAGCAGAUGAAGCAUCACCAGCGCCAGCCGGACAAGGAGAUUCUCGAGCACGAACAGCGUCGGGAGAUUGAGGUCAAAGUCUUCGAGCUGCGCGACAAGCUAGAGGAGGAAGGAGUCGACGAGGACGAUAUCGAUGACCAGUGCGAUUCGCUCCGCAAGAAGCUCGAGAAUGAGCGCAAGCAAGGCAAAGACUUUGGCCCAAAUGCACGCAGGCUUAAACAACACCAGGUUCACGACCUUGCAAAGGCAAAGAUUGAAGAGAGCGAGAGGCUCCGGAAGGCGCUCGGUAUUUCGGCAGACUAUGAGGAGGGCAGUCACUGGAGAAAACAAGAGGAGCGCCUAAGAGAGUCGCUAGUAGGGAGAGAGAAGGAACCGCCUGCACGACCCACCAGAGAAGUGGAAGACGAGUCUGAUUGAGUGCUUCCCGAAAAGGCCCCGAAGCCUCAUAUCUGCAACCACAUUGGGUAGAUCCCUUUGUGAACUUAGGGAGAAGGGCAUGGUCCUAACAAAGAAUGGAUAGCUUUUGAUUGACCACUCCAAUGGUGUGAUCCGAUUGCUCCCCUACUUUGGGUUCUCUUAACAGCAAUUUGAUUGCAUUGCAAUUUGAUUGCAUUGCAAUUCACCUUCAGACGAGGUAUGGACUAGUUGGUGCUGGAAAUCACCAGGCCGUCAGAAGGAAGUGCAGACCAUAGCC